AUGUCUUUAAUAAAUGUCCAUCCUCCUAAAACGUAUUUCGGUGCGGGAGACAUUCAAAAGUCAUUGGGUUCUCUUCCUGGAUUCCCAUGGGCAAAAUAUCCCGGAGAAAAACAUCUCCCAGGGCACAAUUAUACAGGUCCAAGCACGAGAUUAGAUCUACGAUUGGAUGAAAAUGAUAAUCCCAAACCAGGGGAAGAACCCGUUAAUAGAGUUGACGCAGCUGCGCUCAAACACGACACGACAUACAGAAACAAAGACAUAACAUUCAGACACCAAGCAGACAAACAAAUGAUAGACGAACUCGAAAAUAUUCCCUAUCCCACUUUCAAAGAGAAAUUACAAAGGGCUCUUAUCAUAAAACUCUUGAAGGCAAAAUUGAAAUUGGAUAAGGACCAUGUUGAAAAUAGAAUAACUGACGUGAAAAGAUACCUCAGACGAAAUAUUAAAAAUCUUGUGGACGAACCCAAACUACAACAAAAGUUAACGAGUUUGAAACGUCUUAUUCAAUUGGAUAAAACAAGUCAGUUGCAAAAUUUAAUAUCUAAAUUAGACGAUAAGAUUACGAAGGUAAAAAUAGACGUUCAACGUUUAAUACAUAACCCAAAUGUAAACGAGGAUAGAUUGAAACAAAAACUAACCGCUUUGGAAAGAAAACAUGGCGAAUUGCUAGCAGAACUAGACAAGACCGCGGACAAAACUGAGUUACAAAAUUCAAUAUCGAAAUUGAACGAAAAGUUCGCGAAGCAAAAAUCAGAUGUUCAAAAUAUAAUUAACAAUCUCGCACAUCCCAUUAACAAAGAUGCGUUGAAACGACAAUUGACUGCUUUGGGUACUAAAAUCACGGACGAAUUAGAAAAAGAAGUGGGUGUGAUUAAAAACUUUCUUCAAAAUAAAUUUCGAGAUGAUAUGAAAAAUUAUAUUAAAGAACAGGUCAAUCUUUUGGUAUCUAGAAUUCGUGACGAUUUUUUGAGACAAGAGAGAAAGUUGACCAAAUUAGAAGCUAUUGUCACGGACAAAUCGUAUUAUUUCAAUCUUCCAUUCGAAAGUGACACUUUCUUCGAUGAAAAAGACCAAAUUUAUAAAUCAAACAAAUACGGAUUCAAAGUAGAAAUAAAAGUGGGUUCUCUCGUAUACGGAGAACCUAAAAACGUAUUCGAUAUCGGCGAAACGGAAGCGUUUACUUUUCGAGGUAAUUGUCUGAUUCAAAUAGAGUUUCCCAUGAAGGUUAAAGUCAAUAAAGUAGUCUUCAAACAAACCGGUAAGGUCGUCAAACAUAUUUCAUUAUUCAAUGAUGGUAAUUUGGAAGAGAAUAUACGUUUGAUUGAUAAAAGGGAUCAGGAAAUUGAAACGAAAAAUGGUAAAUAUGUAAACACCUUUGAAAUGGAAGUAGAAAAUGAUAAGGAUAUCAUUGGAAUCAUGGAUUUAGAUACGAUAUUGGAGACGGAAAAUCCACCAUCAACCAACAUUGACAAAAUUCCACGACGCUUACACAAACACGGAUCAAUAGAAUCGAGCAGUCACGAGUUUUUACGAACAACAGACUUUGAAUACGUAAAACUGUAUUUCGCUUUAGGUGACAAAUACACCUCGAUCGAUGUUCAUAAAAGUCAACAAGAACGAGAGUUUAUAGUACAUUUAACGUUUGUCGAAGGUUCCGACUCCAUCCUUGUUGCUGGUGGUUAUAUAUUUAAAGCCAAGAUAAACAUGGAAAAAGAAAAUAUUCCUAUCAUCUUAACGAGGACCAUACGAAAAAAGAAAUGUCGUUAG